CCGCGCCAUGCACCUCGCGAAGACGCUGCCAUGACGCUAGCCUCAUCACCUAGAGCAGCUCGUCGAUGGCACCUUGCAGCGUCCGCAGUGAUGGUGGCGGCCGCCGUGCUGUGUGUGCAGGAGGCGCCUACUUCAACUUGACAUCCGGAGCCGGAUAAUUUGAGCGUAUCCGGUAUGGCUGUUCUUGAGCGUCCAUUUCCUGCAUAUCGCAGAGGCUGGUCGCGACCAAGAUGAUGGACAAGCUCAAGUGGCAGAAGCAGCGGCUGCUCGACGGCGAGCCGGGCUACAAUGCGACGCCGGCGCAGCAAGAUGACGCCUUGUCCUGCCCGUCGCUCAACCUCUCGUACAAGGAGCGACUCUUUGGCUGCCUUCUCUGCUUCCUCCUCGGCAUGGUGCUCUCGCUGGGGUCGACCGUGCGCUUGGCGCAGCUCGUCCGUGGCCGGCCCGCGCCGUUUGCGAUUUGCUACACACUCGGCAACGUCCUCUCGCUCUGCUGCACCAUGUUCUUUGUCGGGCCCGUCGCGCAAUGCAAGUCCAUGUUUGAUGCCAAGCGGCGCGUCUCGGCCGCGAUCUAUGUGGUCUUUAUCGGCGUCACGCUCGCGCUCUGCUUCUCGCCGCACAUACCGCAUCGCGCCGGCCUCGUCUUGCUCUCGGUGCUCAUCCAGUUUGGCGCGCUCUGGUGGUACACGCUCUCGUACAUCCCGUACGCGCGCGCGGCCGUCGCCGGCGUCUUCAAGAAGUUUUGCUGUCAAGAGGACCAAGUGUAAACGUGUAAAUAUAGCGAGACUCGAUGAGGACGUUGA